AGACUUACAUAUCUUCUUUGAAGUGCAUCAAAACAUCCCUGCAACCUAAAGAGAAGAUUCCCAUUGGCUUUCCCGGAGUGUGACCGUCCUCCAAAAUGACGUCACUGCAGCGAACGCCAUUUUGAUACUGAACACCGUGGGUGGAUCAGAUCGGGCACGAAUAGACUGUAAAAUUUACACACUAACACGUUGAUUAACUGGUCAGCAGACGCCGAACAGCCAUGUCAUCAGACAACCAGGACACGGAGACGCAUCCGGAGCAGGUGGACGAGACUCAGGAAUCCCAGGACACAAACUCAAACCCAGUGCGGACAGAAGAGGCCAAAUUGAAAGCGAAGUAUCCCAACUUGGGUCAAAAGCCAGGUGGAUCUGAUUUCCUGAUGAAGCGCCUGCAGAAAGGGCAAAAGUAUUUUGACUCAGGAGAUUACAAUAUGGCCAAGGCAAAGAUGAAGAACAAACAGUUGCCUGCUGCGGCCGGUCCAGACAAGAAUAUCGUCACCGGUGAUCACAUUCCUACCCCACAGGACCUUCCCCAGAGAAAGUCCUCACUGGUUACAAGUAAACUAGCAGGCUAACGUAACUCACAGGUUUUGAAGAAACCCUCUUACCAAACUUCCAAAACCUUCCCAGACCCUCCAGACCAGCUUCACCAGGACUGGUUACCGUUAUUUUUGAGUUCUUUUUUUCAUUUGCGUGUAUAGUUUCGCUAUC